AUGAGUCGGAAUUGGAUCAUCCACUACGCCCACCGCGGCGUCAAGGCUGAUGAAGUCUUCGAUCGGUAUAUCAAAAUGAUCCCGUCGGUGACUCAGUACAUUCUCGGUUCCCUUUUCAGGAAGCCCAACCCUACACCAUCUGAUCUACGCACUCUCCUGGAUCUACCCCAGGUACCCAUGAAUCUUUCGGUGCCCGGUGUGUAUAUCAACGUCCCCACGUCAGCCCCUCGCAACUCCGUCAAGGGUCUCUAUGUCGGUUCUUCGUGUGCAACAACCGGCCGGAAUGGUGGAGGUCUUCAGUGUCGGGUGAAAGAACAUCUCGUCCAAGCCAAAAAGAUACUUGGGGUGUCGAGAAGCGUUACCAAGAGCACCCACUAUCAGUUACUGCGAGAACAAGGUGUUUCCUCCAACUUCCGCGUUCUCGCAAUCUCCGCUUUGAGGGACAGGGUCGAAUUGGACGUCUUUUCACUCGAAGGCAUCUUCCAGGGUCUCCUCGAUGUUGUGUUGCUCCCCGAUGCUGGGCUCCACGGCGACCGGUUUCACAGUCCCUCCGUCAUGGACUAUUUAGCGACAAUGCGUCAACAUGUAUCGGCCAGCAUUGGAUCAGAGCUGCCCAGCUUCCGACACCUCGGCUUGAACGGUGCUUGGAUUCAAUACGGCGGUGUUCCUCGCGUUUCGUCUGGCAAGCUUCUGCAUGAGGAAUGGGUCAAGACCAACCCCGAUAUCUGUGGCGGCAAGUUUUGUGGUGUUCCACGUCCGACUGACGGCCGAGAGAAUGAGUGGCGUGGCAUCAUGGAAGCUGCGUUGUGUCGGCGCUGUCGGCAACGACAAACGGUCAUCAUCGGACGCGACUUUUACAAUACGUACCCGAAGAAACAAAGAGCGAUGGUUGGCCUCCCGGCUUUUGCAUGGGGUCCAAAGGACCAUGAGAUUUUCCUCGCCGCAGGCAACGCCAAUGUUUGCCAGAACCCUCCCUGCGACGUCCCACGCGGAGAGUUCAAGGCCACCAGAUUCAAAGGCUAUUGCGAGCAGUCCAGAUGUUCCUCCUGUGCAAAGUAUCUGGAGAAGCAUGGAGUCGACAAGCCCGAGGGUUCAUCACCACGACAACUCAAGAACCACCUCAAUCCCAAUGUCAAGGCCGAGAAAGACCAGCUGCAGGCCGAGCAAGAUGCCUAUUUGGAUGCGGGCAACGAGGACAAGUGCCAGAACGACAAUUGCGGCUUCCCGGUCCCCCCUUGGAUGGUGAGAUGCGUCAAUUCGGUUCGGACGAACCAGGCAGGUGUUGGCGGAGAAUGA